CCGGCGGCCGUAUUUAUGUAAUGCAAUGUUAUAUAAGUAUUUGGCCUCAUAAUUUUUCGGUUGCGAUAGUCAGCUGUGCGCCAUGGCAAGAGGCGUUCGCGCGCUUUCCAAUUGACAGUUCUGUGUUUUGACAUUAAAUUUUUUUUUUAUGUAUUAAAAAAAAAAGGAAUCAUAGUGAUAUGUGCACGUAGUGUUUUGAGUGCGGGAUUUUUUUCAUGUUAAAAAAUAUGCAGUGAUCGAGGUUGAAAAAAAAAAAUGGCGCCCGUUGCUAUCGAAGAAAACUAUAUUAAAACAAAUGAAUUGAGCACGAAGAUAUCGCGGAUCAUGGAGGAUUAUAAAGAGAGUAAUUACUGCGGGGAUUGCGAACACAACAUUUACAGUGUGAACGAAGACACGAACCAGGAUGUAAACAUGUCGGAAGUGCAAAGGUUUUACAGCGGCAAAAACGUUUUGAUUACCGGCGGGACUGGCUUCCUUGGUAAAGUUUUGAUCGAGAAACUAUUAAGGAGCUGCCCCGGCGUCGAGAACCUCUAUUUACUAGUCAGACAAAAGAAAGGAAAAGAUAUUUAUACGAGAAUCGAAGAAAUAUUCGAAGAUCCGGUUUUCGACCGCUUAAAAACACAAGUGCCGAAGUUUAGGCACAAGAUCGUUGUGGUGCCAGCUGACUGCGAGGCUGCCGGGCUAGGGUUGACACUGUCGGACAGGCAUAUGCUCACCGAAAAGGUGAACAUAAUUUUCCACUCAGCCGCCACAGUGAAAUUUGACGAGCACCUCCGCGCGGCUCUGACCACUAACGUGAGGGCGCCAUUGCAUCUGCUACGGCUAGCGCGGGACAUGAGGAAGCUCGAUGUUCUGAUGCACAUCUCAACAGCGUACUCCAACUCUCACCUGCCCAAGAUCGAGGAGAAGUUCUACGCCUGUGAACCGACCUGUCAGCAGUUGGAAACCACCAUCAGCAAACUUAGCGACGAGCAAAUCAACGCAAUGUUACCGAAGAUUCUUGGACCCUGGCCAAACACUUAUACGUUUACGAAGGCGCUAGCCGAGAAGGAGAUCAGGGUGAACGCCAACGGGGUGCCCGUGGGCAUCUUUAGACCGGCCAUCGUCACGUCGACCUGCAAGGAGCCAUUGAAGAGUUGGGUGGACAAUAUGUACGGGCCGACAGGUGUCGCAGUUGGCAGUGGUACGGGGAUCCUCCGGACGCUGCAGUGCGAUGGCUCCGUCACGGCCGACAUAGUACCGGUCGAUGCUGUGGUCAACUGUCUUAUUUGCGCCGCGAAAUCCGUCCAUAGCACAUACGUAAAAAGUCGGCGGCCCAUCGAUCCACCGAUCUUCAAUUACGUCAGUUCAGUCGAAAACAGGAUAACCUGGGGCGAUUUCAUGAAGCACAACAUGGAAAUGAUCGAUCGAAAUCCUUUCAGUGAUGCUGUGUGGUACAUUUCCUUGCGUUUAACGCGAUCAGCCAUUCUGAAUAACCUCUAUAUAUUAUUCUUACACCUCAUACCUGCUCUACUAGUGGAUACACUCGCAAUAUGUCUAGGAAGAAAACCAAAAAUGCUCAAAGUUUACAAGAAGAUACAUAAGUUCUCAUCGGUCUUAUCGUAUUUCACGACGAGAGAGAUAAGUUUUUGCAACACGAGAACGAGGGAGCUCUGGGAUCAGACGACCGUCGACGAUAAAGAGCUGUUCCCGUUCAGCAUGGCGGAGGUUAACUGGGAGGAGUACUUCGAGAGCUACUUGGCCGGCAUCAGGCGUUACCUGUUCAAAGAGAGCGACGAGAUGCUACCGAGAGCCAGGAUAAAGUGGAAAAGAUUAUACUAUUUGCAUCAGAUAGCGAAAAUUAUUUUUCUGCUCCUGGCUGUUUAUACUCUGUGGUCGAUCUUAUCGUUAAUGUGGUAAUUAAUAAAACACAAUGUAUUUGUAAUUAAUUAAUUAAUUAAUGUACGUAACGGUAUAUAAUAUUAUGAAUGGGCUCAAUA